AUGGCUGAGUAUAAGAUAGUAAAUAUCAAAUCAGAUGGAAAGACAAAAAAAAUUGUCUGUGACCAUCCUGACGGGACAUUCCCACUUGUUGCAGUGAUCAAUUACCUCAGUUUGCAUCGGAAUCUCUGCAUUGAGAACAAUUGGGAGCAAUUAAUUUAUGAGAAAGAUCUUCUCGAAACAAUUCAGAAUUUAUUGGAUUCAGUUGAUGGAUGGAGUCCUGAGGACAAUACGAGCUGGAAUCAAGAGUCAACUGUACUACCAAUGUUAGCAACACAAAUCGAUCUGGAUCCGUACUUGAACAGCAUUGAUGGGUUUGGCACAACAGCAGCAGUGUUAGAAAUUAUCAAGGUCUUGGAUAUUCCACUUUUUCAUGGUUGUCUUAUGGAUCCUAAGAAAGCAAGUGCCCUUCAUGGGUGUGCAUAUUCAAGCAUUCUUGAAUUGUGUACGAUAGAACCGUUACCUGGAGCUAAAGCUACUGAUUUAGAACAAUGGUUGUUGAUUAGAGAAUUUGUGGAGAUGACAGAUAAACAAUUGAACUCUUAUGGGAUCUCAUGUAUCCGUGACCACAUGAUUCUAAACAACCAGAAGUUUGCCGUUUUAUACAGAAACGGAGAGUUUAAGCUGCUGGGCUUGCAUCAUGGAAUUAUUCAUAUUUUGCAAACUGAAGCUGGUGACUUCGAGAAUGUUGAGUUCGAUAGACUUUGUGUAUGGAAGACAUUGUUUGAUGAAGAUGGAAUUGCUGUGACAGGCAAUCUUCGUGCAGUUGAUGAUGAAAAUACGAAGGAU